AUACACUUCGCCCGCCACAACCUCAACUCUGCAUCUUCGACGACUGAGGAAGACAAUUCGCAUUGUCUAGGACGCCAUGCAGAUCUUCGUAAAGACCCUAACGGGCAAGACUAUCACCCUUGAGGUGGAGUCUUCGGACACCAUCGACAAUGUCAAAACCAAGAUCCAAGACAAGGAAGGGAUCCCCCCCGACCAGCAACGUCUGAUCUUCGCCGGCAAGCAGCUCGAGGACGGCCGCACCCUUUCGGACUACAACAUCCAGAAGGAGUCGACCCUCCACUUGGUGCUCCGUCUGCGUGGCGGCAUGGCCAAGAAGCGCAAGAAGAAGGUGUACACCACCCCCAAGAAGAUCAAGCACAAGAGGAAGAAGACCAAACUCGCGGUCCUCAAGUACUACAAGGUCGACGGCGAUGGCAAGAUUGAGCGUCUACGGAGGGAGUGCCCCACGCCUGAGUGUGGCGCUGGUGUCUUCAUGGCUGCCAUGCACAACCGCCAGUACUGCGGCCGAUGCCAUCUCACCUACGUCUUCGAUGAGUCCAAGUAAACGACCUUGCCGGAUCUACGAUGUGAGAUGAAUGGGGAAUGUGAAGGGUGACAGAGACAUGGUGGAUACACGACACGCACCGUAGUCAGACAAGAAUCAGUCAA